AUGAAGAAAAGGAAAGCCAAUAACAAAAUUGUUUCUUUUGUUUCCGAAAAUGGCAGAGUAGAAGAUGAUUACCUAAAGGUGAUUAAUCAUUUUAUUCAUCACUUUCAAUCUUUCUUUGGUUGUUCUAGUGCAGAUUUUGGACAUAUAGACUCUUCACUUUUGAACUUAGGUCCGAUACUGAAUCUGGACGACCAAAUAGAGCUGAUUAAGCCUUUCUCUUAUCAAGAUGUCAAAACAGCCAUGUUCAGUAUAAAUGCUGUUAAAAGUCCAGGGAAAGAGGUGUCUAAUGCAGUGCUUGAGUUCUUUGACACAGGAUAUAUCCCGAAAUCUUUGAAUAGUACUAUUUUAACUCUUAUUCCUAAAGUUACUCAUCCUACAAAUGCCACAGAGUAUAGACCAAUUGCUUGCUGUAAUACUCUGUACAAAUGCAUCUAA